AUGCCAGCUGAACACACUCUCACCAAGGACGCACCUGCUCCUCUUCCUGGAAUCUAUUCCCAAGCUGUUCGAGCUGGAAACUAUGUCUACACUUCUGGAUCAGUAGGUAUGACCAAAGAAGGUCAGAUGGUUGAAGGCACUGUUCAAGACAGGACUCGACAAGUUAUCCAAAACCUUGAUGCCAUCCUCCAAGGAUCAGGUAUGACUCUCAAAAACGUCGUCAAGGCAAACAUUUACCUUUCUAACCUUUCUCGAGAUUUCAAUGCAGUCAACGAGAUCUGGAAGGAAAUGAUGCCCGAACCUAAACCAUCUCGAACAUGUAUAGGAGUAGCUGAACUUCCCGCCGGCGGUACAGAUGUUGAGAUUGAAUUUACAGCUUACGACGGUUAA